GCGGAAAAGUGUGUUUCAGUAUCUGGAGAUAAAGCCAAACCGGGUGUUUUUAUUAAGGAGAUUCAUACAGGGAGCACAGAAAAGAUCAGCGUCUUGUCUGCUGAAAUGGCGGUUCCUGCCGGUCAGACUGAUCUACAGAUGGACAGAGGCGCCCUGAGCGCCGAGACUGUUUCCCCUGAAAACAACAUUGACAUCGACGAGAAAGAGUUGGAUAAUAUCACAAAGAAACACCGAGAAGACGACACUGCAACGCUGCCUUUGCACUCACCUUGGACCUUUUGGCUGGACAGAUCAUUACCUGGCACGACGGCUGCAGAAUGUGAAUCCAAUCUGAAGAAGAUCUACACAGUACAAACUGUUCAGAUGUUCUGGAGUGUAUACAACAACAUCCCUCCAGUUUCAGCACUGCCUUUGAGAUGUAGCUAUCACUUAAUGCGUGGAGAACGGAGGCCACUCUGGGAAGAGGAAAGCAAUGCAAAAGGAGGAGUAUGGAAGAUGAAAGUACCAAAAGAAAGCACUUCUGCAGUUUGGAAAGAAUUGUUACUUGCUACUAUUGGGGAGCAGUUUGCAGAUUACUGUGCCUCAGACGAUGAGGUUGUCGGUGUCAGUGUUAGCGUUCGAGAUCGGGAAGAUGUUGUACAAGUGUGGAAUAGAGAUGCAACUCUCGCUAACGAAGCAAGUAUCUUGGGAAAAAUCUAUGAGCUCCUCCCGUACAUAUCUUUUAAAGCUGUAUUUUAUAAGUCUCACAUGGAACAUCAUGCCUUUGAGGGAGGACGCUCAAGACACUAGAUUGUAAUGCACUUUUUUUUUUUUUUUUUUUUAAACCUGAACUCUGUACCAGCCUUGAUGUAAAGGCUCUGUCCACAACCUAAUCAAGGAUAUUAUUUUGCAUUCAACAAGGAAAUGUUAUCAAUAUAUUUUUAUAACUUUUUAAGAUUGAUGCCUUGUUUCCUUUUCAUGUGGGCCCUAAAGCUCUGAAGCCCUCAGAGAAUGUAUAUCCAGUGUAAAUCUCAUUCAGAGUUCAUGAGUCCAUGUUGGUUUUGACUUCCUCCUAUACUGAACUGCACUGUCAUGGUCCCGUUCUCUGCACGGCCUAUGGACCUCACAAUUAAUUCCUGGUAUAGAGGUAGCAGCUACAUAAUCUAGUAUGUUUCAACAUUAUGAUAUGUUAGAUAUUUCAAGUCAUAUCAUGUCUUAAGUCAGCUUGUGAAGUGCCAAAGCACUUUUCUGUUUAAGUAGUUUGUAUCUUAAUGUGUUUAAAUCAGCUGGAGAUUCUCCACUUGUAAGUGAAUGUCCCAUUUGGUUUCUUGUAUCUUCAUCAGUUGUACAUCAAACUUAAAAUCAGGGUAACACUUGGAAAUAUUGCACAUUACUACCUAUUCCAGUCACAGUGUCCUUCAGUUAUAAAGCCAUCAUAGAGGAUCAGCACAGAUAAGGCCCUAAGAAACAUUAGAUUUGGUUUCUUAGAUGUUUUUUUUGUUUUUACAGCUUUAGUUAAAGAGCAAAAUCCAUCCUGAAAGGUGCCUCUUUGAAUGUUCUCACACCACACCGCAUUUGACAUUUCGUUCAAUAGAAGUGUUAAAAGUAGACCUCUGCUCUCCUUAACUCAGUCACGCAUUGUUUGGUGUAUUACUCUGAAGAGAUAUGGCACAUUUUUGUGCUCAACUGGUGGUGCUCUUGUCUGUACUUGUUUUCCUGACCGAUAAAUCCAGUUUGCUUGGACUGUGUCCUUCUAACCAUAACACACUGAGAAAAAUGCAGCAUUAUUUGUUUUAAAGGAAGUAACAUUCAGUCAUGCGAUUCCCAUAUUUAGUAUGAUAUGUAGAUGCAGUAUGUCAAAUUUUAUGACUAAGAAAAAGUAACGCAGACGGAUAUGGUGGGUUUAAAUAAAGAUGAGUGCAUGUAGACUGCUGCUUCAAAGGAACGUAUUGAAUCAUAAGUGACAGUGAUUUCACCAAUUUGAUCAUGUCUGUACAGGUUAAUAACAUUUUAACAGCUAAAAUAUAAAAACAUUUUUUAUAUUUUAGAUCCUUUUACAGGACUCAUAUCUUUGCCAUUUUUCUGAAACUUCAUCGGUCUGAGUUACCUUCACUAACACAGUUAACAUACUAUUGUUUUAUUACAGUGUAGGCUACAGUAAACUGAAUGCUUCUGGUAUUAUUGUAUGUCACACCACUUUUAUAGUUCAACUUUGAACUGAUUGAUAAGUUAGAUAUAAGGGGACAAUAUUUCCUUUGUAAACAUGAUUUUUGCAGUGACAUGGACUAAGUAAAUAAAAUAAAAACGCAA